AUGAACAUAGUAGUCGUACAUGUUGCAAGCAUUUCGCUUCUUGUUGCCUGCUGGCCUAUCAAUGUCCUUUCGGCCAACUCCUACGAGGAUAAAUACUUUAUCUCCAAUCUAACCAAGUUCUAUGACCCAAAGGUCCGCCCAGUGAUCGAACGCUCUGAAGUAACAACUAUUAACGUGACCUUAGGCUUAGUGUCCAUAUUCAGCCUUGAAGAAAAGGAUGAAAUCUUAAGCACAAAAGUGUGGUUAAAUACGGUGUGGUAUGAUCGUUUCCUAAAAUGGAACAAAACAGAUGACAGUCCAGAAAGUUUAUUUCUACAGAUCAGUGAUGUUUGGUCGCCAUCUAUUCAAUUCCACAACACAGUGUCGGAUGUGAAAAACAUGAAAGAUAAGGAGGACAAGGCCAUCGUGCACAACAGUGGGUAUGUUUCGUAUACCUACAAUGGUCGACUAGAUACUCGCUGCAAGGUAAACAUCAAACAGUUCCCCUUUGAUCAGCAGGUAUGCUUCAUAAGCAUGUCUGCCUCUGUGACCGCGUAUAGCGGAGAAGAUGUCAUUGUGCAUACCCCAAAUGUUGAUCUUCAAUUGUUUGAGGAAAAUGGAGAGUGGGAUCUUGUAGAAGCGACAUUCGCGCUGAAAGAUUUCAGCGUCAAAGGGCUGAAUCAGACCCCAGCCACGGCGACCUUAACCCUGCAGAGACGAACUAUGUUCUACAUCCUCAACAACAUCCUGCCCGUCGUGUUCCUGUCCUUCCUCAACACCUUCGUCUUCCUGCUGCCCGAGGAGAGCGGAGAGAAGAUGUCCCUGUGUGUCUCCAUCCUGUUGUCAUAUGCAGUGUUUCUCACGCUCAUCAACUCCUACCUACCAGCGAACUCCGACCACCUGUGUUUCUUCAGUGUCUAUGUCACACUGCUCGUGUUGAUCAGCACGCUAACAUGUUUUGUCAUAAUCUUCAUGCUGGCACUUCACACUCACCUGAAGAGUGGGAAGGGCAUUCCAAGAUGGCUGCGAUGUGUUAAUGGGACAAAUGGCAGAGUGGAAAAUGCUGAACAUGAACCAAAGAAUGGAACCAAUGAAAUAUCAGCCAAAACAAGAGACGCCUGUGACGAAAUAGUACAAAGGUUGAACUUGAUUUCAUUCAUCACAUUCUUCGCUCUAACAGCUCUGAUAAACAUGGUAUAUUUCAUAGGUGCAAAUGAAUAA